AUGAGGGGCAGCAGCUUCCUGGAAAGUGCGUUUGUGAGCGGGCGGGCGAAGCAGCAGCUGAGUCUGUCCAGCAUUCUGGCGAGUGGGUUUGGGAGCACUGCGGCCGGCACUGCGGGCGGCAGUGUGGGCGGCUGUGUGGGCGGCAGUGUGGGCGGCUGUGUGGAUGGUGCAGCGGUUGGGAAUAGCUCUGCUGUUGCAAAGUUGGUUCAGGAGCUUAAGGACUCCCAGGCUCGGAAUGUUGAAGCUGAGGCUCGGAUCCGCGAGGCCGAAGCACAGAAAAGGGACCUGAGAGCGGACUUGACCAAGUCUGAGGCUCGGCAGCGAGAGCUGGAGGUUCGGCACGAAGCUGCACAGGCUCGGAUGCAGCAGAUGAGGAAGCAGCUGGCGGAAACACAGGGGGAGCUUUUCCAAGCGCGGCUGGAAGCAGGGGGAAGGGGGAAGGGCGCGGAAGGGGGAGGCGGAGGGGAGAAGGGGGAAGGCGCGGGGGGAGGAGGGGGGGAAGGGGGAAAGCGGAAGAGCCCCCUGGGGGGAAUAGGGCGCGCGCAUGUGACAGGGGGGUAUGCUUCCGCCAUGGCUAAGCUUAUAGAGGAGAUGCAGGAGUGUGAGGCUCGGCACGCCGAGGCUGAGGCUCGGUACAAGGACGCGGAGGCUCGGGUCAAGGAGUCGGAGGCUCGGAACAGGCUCGGGGAGGUUCGGCACAAGGCGGCGACGCAGUGGCUGGAGAUGACGGAGCAGCGGUUGGUGCUGACUCAGCGCCAGCUCAGCGAAGCCCGGAGUGAGCUGGCAGCGGGGAAGAAACAGCUGGAAAGCGUAAAACGAGAGCUGGCGGGGGAGAGGGCGAGGGCGGGGGAAGUGGAGGGGCAAGUGGGGAGGCUGAGGGGGGAGAUUGUGCGGAUGCAGGGGGAAUUGGAGCGGGAGAGGGGAGAGGUGGGGAGGGUUCGGGCGGAAGGGGAGGAGCUGAGGAGGAAAAUCGCUGCUGCCGAAUCGGAAUUGAAACACACCAUGGCGCAGGUGCAGCAGGAGCAGCAGCGGGCGGAGGAGGCAGCAGAGGCGAUGGGGGAGAUGAGCAGGCGCGUGGCGGAGAGGGUGGAGGAGGAGCGGGUGUUGCGGGCGGAAAUUGAAGCAGCUGCCGUGAGAAGGGUGGAGGAGCUAGAGAGAGAGGUGAGUGCAGCAGUGCGGAUGGGUUGGGAGGGUGGAAGGAGGGUGGCGGAGAGGGUGGAGGAGGAGAGGGUUCUGAGGGCGGAGAUUGAAGCAGCUGCUGUGAGAAGGGUCGAGGAGCUAGAGAGAGAGGUGAGUACAGCGGUGUGGAAUGGUGUGGAUGGGUGCAGGGUUGAGGAGCUAGAGGGAGAGUUGAGUGCAUUGGUGUGGAUGGGUGUGGAUGGGUUGGUAGGGCUACGGAUGGAUGCCUUUUUUUCAGUGCUCUCUCAAUCUUCUGCUCUUCCCACCUCUCUCUCAAUCUUCUGCUCUUCCCACCUCUCUCUCAAUCUUCUGCUCUUCCCACCUCUCUCUCAAUCUUCUGCUCUUCCCACCUCUCUCUCAAUCUUCUGCUCUUCCCACCUCUCUCUCAAUCUUCUGCUCUCCCCACCUCUCUCUCAAUCUUCUGCUCUCCCCACCUCUCUCUCUCUCCAACCUCUCUUCUGUUGUCUUCUACCCCUCUCUGCCCUCCCUUCCCAGUUGGACUCGUUAAAAGCUGACUCGUUACAGCGGUUGAAGGCUCUGCAGUGUGAACUGGAAGGGAGAGAGCAGCAGGAGAGGGAGAGAGAGAGGGAAAGGGAGAAGGAAAAGGAGAGAGAGAGGGCUGAGGAGAGGGAGAGAGAGGGGAGGCAGAUGGAGGUGAAGUGGAGAGAGGCUGAGGAGGGAAGAUCUCGGGCAGAAGAAGCCCUGAGAGGGGCAGAAGAAAGUUUGAAGCGGGCAGAGGAGGAGAGGACAGCAGCCGAAGAUUCAAAGAAGCGGGCACAGGAGGAAAAAACAGCAGCAGAUGAGGCGAAAAAACGGGCAGAGAGGGGGAAGAGGCGAGUUGAGUCAGAGAGAAAGGAGGCAGUUGAAGAGAGGGAGAGGCUUAAAGAGGAAAAGGAGAAACUUAUAGAGGAGAGAGAUCAAGUAGUGAAGGAGAGAGACAGAGCUGUAAAGGAAAGAGAGGAGGCUAUAGGCCGAGCAAGGACGGCUGAAGAAGGAAAGGAGGUGGCAGAAAGGAAGGUGAAGGAGGGUGAGGAGCGGUUGAGAGUGGUGGAGGAGAGAGUGAGGGAGUUGCAAGUGAGGGAGAAGAAAUUGGAGGACGAGGGGAAGAGGUGGAGGGAUUCGGAGAAGAAAGAGAUUGAGGAAGCCAAGGGUGUGAUUGAAACGAGGGCUGCCGGGGCUGAGAAAGAGGUGCGUUUGUUGCAGUCACAGAAAGGAGAGAUGGAAAGACAGGUGCUUUUGUUACAGUCACAAAUGAAUGAGUUGCAGCAGAAAGUGCUUUCGUUAGAGUCACAAAAGAGUGAGCUGGAGGGGAGGGUGGGCGAGAGGGAGAGGCGAGUGAAGGACCUGGAGGGGACCUUGCAGCAGAGGGCUCAGGAGAUUUCAACAAAAGCCCAGGAGAUUUUGCAGAAGGCUCAGGUGGUUUCUCAGGUGCAGCAGGAGAUAGGGAAGCUGAAGAAAGGAAUGAGGGAGAAGGAGAGGGAGUUGGGGAGAAUGGAGAGAGAAGGGAAGGAGAGAGAGGGGAGGGUGGUUGAAAUGGAAAGGCGGUUGGGGGAGAGGGAAAAGGAGAUAGGGGAGAUGAGGGAGAGGAUGGAAGGGAAAGGGAAAGAGAUUGCUGUUUUGGAAGGAAGAUUGAAGGAGCAGGAGGAAGCGGUUGAAGGGUUUGCAGCUCGGUUGAGAGAGGAGGAGGAGAUUAGUGAGUUGAAGAGCAGAGUGGAAGGGAGAGAGAGGGUGAUUGGAAGCCUAGAGGCUGAUGUGAGGAGCAAGGGAGAGGAGAUAUGUGUGUUGAAGAGUGGAUUGGAAGAGAGGGAGAGGGUGGUGGGAGAGAUGGCAGCAGUGGUGGCAGAGAGGGAACGAGCAGUGAAAGAGUUGAAAGAGCAGGUGGGGAAGAGCAAGAGGGAGGCAGACGGUUUAAAGGCGGAGGUAAGGGAGCGAGAGAGGGAGAUUGCUGACUUGCAAUUGGCUUUAAGCGAAGCACAGGCGGCUUAUAACGAGUCGCAAGACGCUUUAGAGAGGACAAGGGGGUUCCUGAGUGUGUCUGAGCAGGCGCUAGGCGACACCAGGUUGGAAUCUGCCGCCCUGAAGGAGCACCUGGCGGACCUGGAAAAACACCUGGCGGCAACAGAGAGGCAGGUGGGCGCGAAAGACGAGCACCUGAGCGGGAUUGCAAGGCACCUGGCGGCCACAACAGAAGACCUGGCUGCUGUUCAGGCUGACCGGGCGGCGGCACAUGAGGAGGCGGAGAGGUUACGAGGAGAGGUGGAGCGGUUGAGAGGAGAGGGAGAACGGUUGAGGGAAGAGGGGGAGGAAGCAAGAAUGAAGCUAGAGAAGGCAGAGGAGGAGGGGGGUAUGUUAAGAGAGGUGGUGGGGGAUUUGAGAAAGAAGCUAGAGAGCGUGCAGGUGGCAUGUGCAGCGGCACAAGAGGAGGGGGAGAGGUUACGAGGAGAGGUGGAGAGGUUGAGGGGAGAUGGCGAGGAGCUGAGGGGACAGCUGGGGAGUGUUCUGCAAGAGAAGGAGAGUAUAAAGAGGGAAGCUGGUGUGCUUAGAGAGGGGAAGACGGCUCUAGAGAGGGAAAGGGAGGAGCUGAUAGGUGAAGUGGGCACGGUGAGAGGUGAAGUGGGGAAGGUAAGGGAGGUUCUUGCAGCAGCAGAAGCAGAGAAGAGGGAUUUGGAAGAGAGGCUGAGAAGGACCGAGGAGGAGAGAGAGGAGGCGAGAAAGGGGCUUGAUGUGUUGAGUAAGGAGGUGGAGAGGCAGUGUGUGGUGAUCGCAGCUGGGGAAGAGGAGAGGGUUAGAGUGCAAGGGGAGUUAGGGAGGGUGGAGGAAGAGAGGAAGAGGGUUGAAGAAGAGGUGGGGGUGUUGAGGAGAGAGGAAGAAAGGCUUCAGGGGGAGGUUGAGAGGGUUUUAGAGGAGAAGGAACGAGCAUUGGCGGAAGUGGAAAGGGUUUCUGGUGAGCUGGAGCAAGAGAGGUGUGAGAUGGAGCGAGUAUUGAGCGAGUUCAAGCAUGUCUCGAGUGAAUUAAGGCAAGAGAGGAGUGAGGUGGGGCGAGUAUCGAGUGAACUGAAGCAAACUCGGGUUGAUUUGGAAAGGUUGAGAGCGGCAAUGGGGAGUGCGGAGGAGAGAGCGAGGAGCGGGGAGGAGAAAGGGAGGGAGUUGGAAGAACGGUUGAGUCAGGUUGAGGCCGAUGCAGAGCGGUUGAAAGAGGAGGUGGAGGGGCAGGAGAGGGAGAAAGAGGGGUUGCUGCAGCUGCUGGGGGAAGCGAGGGAGGGAGAGAGGGAGCUGGAAUCACAGGUAGCACAGGCGAGGAAGGAGAUAGAGAGAGUGAGGGAGGAGUGUGAGAGAGUGGAGGGGGAGAGGAAGAGAGAGGAGGAGAGGAGGGUGAGAGUGGAGAGCGAGAGGGAUGAAGCGAAGAGGGAAGGAGAGAAGAGGGAGAAGGAGCUCAAGCAGGAAUUGGAAAAAAGGGAACAAGAUCUGAAAGUGUCAAGGAAAGAAGCAGAGGUGUUAAGAGGGGAAGUGAUAUGUGUAAGUGAGGAGUUGAGUGCGGUGAAAAGAGAGGUAGAGAAGAAGAAAAAUGAGUUGGAGACGAAGAAAGGAGAUCUUGAAGGUGUCAGGGGUGAGCUAGAGGGCAGAAUCAAAGCUCUGGAUACCACAAGAAGCAACCUGGAAGGUGCGAGGAACGAUCUGGAGAGGAGCGAAAGGGAGCUGGAGGGAACCAGGGAGGAGUUGGAGAGGGUAAGGGGGGAGUUGGAGCGUGCUGAAAGGCAUGGGAAGCAGCAGGAGGAGAGGGCUGCAGAGCUAGAGGGUCGACUGGGUGCGGCAGAGAAGAGAAUAAACGAGAACGAGAGUACUCUGAGAGAGAAGCAGGGGAUUAUUGCGGGGCUUCAGGACCUGGUGGUGAGUCUGCAAGAAGGUAAAGAGGCAUUGCGAGAGGAUAUGGAGGGGCGAUUGGCGGAGGCGAACGAGAGUUUAAGUGCGAAAGAGAAGGUUAUUUGUGAGAAGGGAGAGGAGAUUGAGGGGCUUAGAGACCUAGUUGCAGGUUUGGAAGGGAGUAAGAAGGGGUUGGAGGAGGUGAGGAGGGUUUUGGAGGAGCGGAUUGAGGGGUUGAGGGAGAGGAUUGUGGAGGCUGAGAGGCGGGUGGAUGAGGUGGAGAGGGAGAGGGAUGACGUGGCGGCGAGGGCGGCUGCCAGAGUGGCGGAGGCCGAGGGUGACGUGGCAGAGAAGCGCGCUGAGCUGGCGCUGGCGAAUCAGGAGCUGGUGGUGCGUGCGGGGCAGAUUGCUGAGCUGUCGUCGCAACUGGAUGAUGCCAAGGCCACUGUGAAGCAUCAUUCGGACCGCAUUCGAAUGCUGGACAUGGUGUGUGCGGUGAGGGAGGAGGAGAUGAAGAAGCUAGAGGAGCAGCAAGGAGUGGCGAGGCAGGAGGCACUGGAGAGAGUAAUGGAGCGGGACAAGCAGAUCGCGGAUCUGAGAGCCAAGCUGCAAUCCGAGUCGUCCAAUAUCAUUGAUGCUCGAAACAGGAUUCAGGCGUUGGAGCGAGCGAAGCAGCGCAUGCAAACGUCAUUGACAGAUGCGCAGCAGCAAAUAGCAGCAGCGAUAAGGGAGAGGGAUGAGGUGAAGGCAGAGAUUGCAAAGCUGAGAGUGAAAUGGGCUGUGCCGUCGCCUGCUGGGAACAACAUUAAGCCGUCGGCUAUUAAGGCAAAGCAGUUCCAGUGA